UACAUGUUAUUUUUAAGGUGUGCACUUUACAGCAGUGUCACUUCCUGCCAAUCUUAUCUUUGCUCUUUUCAGUUUUCUCACUAGAAACACCUGUUUUUUUUAAUUUGUCACCUGUCUGCAGUUGUACUUACAUGCAUUUGCACUUUGGCAAAGCCUUAACACCCGCAUAUCAUGUAGUAUCUUUCAUCUCAGCUCUCGUGUGUGGUUCAACAACCACUGGUAUAGUUGGGUAGCUAUCUAAAGAAGAGAAUGAAGCGUGGUUAAACACUCAGGCCAUGAACAAAUAUGCUAAGUGCAAAGCAGAAGUUUUUUUUUCUCUCUCUCUCUGUCUUUUCACUGUUAAACCUACUAACCACAACACAGGAAGACAGAUUAUAGACAGGGGGGAAGUGCAGCAUGAGACAGUAUCACCAGUAGCAGUACCGACUAAUGAUGACUAGCUGCCGUGUAACCUAUUUGUGACUUUUAUCAUUUGCUCGCUACUCUUCAACUAGUUUUCAUUCCCACAGAGAAUCUUCAAAUUCACAUCUGCAAUUGUCCCACAUCUGCUUUCAUGAGAAUUAUGGCAUUAUCAUAUGAAACAUAUGUGUGGGUAGCAUUUUUCAUCCUUUGACACCGACCAACCAGCUUCAACGGCUUCAACAAACACAUGACACGAACAGGAACGUCUGUGGCCAGAAAAUAUCAAACCUCCUCAUGGAGAGGAAGACGCAUUACGAUUCUAUCCUGGACCGUAGCAAAAGAAUUACAUGGCAGGACGAUUGCUAUGUGGAUCUUCAGUCUAUGCCCUGCUCCACCUCAUCACAAGCAGAAACAGAGGAUCUUAGCUGGGUCCAAAAGCAUCAAGACCAGCUGCAACGCUUCAGUACAGCGUCCUUCCUGGAGGGGGUGUUAGCCCACCUGAGAAAGACUGAUGUGCUGAGUUCAGCUGAGGAGUCCAAGAUCAAAGAAGGGGGCCGGUUGCAGGACCAGAUCAACAUGCUCACAACUAUUGUCAAUGGCAAGGACACUCAAGGCUCUGAUACCCUGCAGGGCUUCAUAGAAAGCUCAGAUUCUCAGGUGGCCCAGCUCAUCAUAAACCAUGAUUCUAUGGUGAAGGAGCACAAAGAGCUGCUUUUGCGGCGAUAUGAGCAGCUCAGAGACAGAGAUUCAUGCAGCUGCCCCAAACUGAACAUCUCCUCUAGGACCUUACUUCUGGUCGAUGGACUUUCUGACCUCCAGCAGAAGGAGCAUGACUUGAUGCAGGUGGGGGUAACUCGUGGAGGGAAAAGAAAUCAUCUCAGACAACUGGGCCUGGCUAAACUCUUGGAGCCGCUCACCCGGGUCAGUUUGCCUCCCAGGGUCUCCCUGACAGUUGGGGUGGCCGGUAUCGGCAAAACCACCUGGGUCCGACACUUCGUCAGACAGUGGAGCCAAGGGGCCAUCUGUUCAGAUGUGAGCUUCGUCUUGCCUUUCACCUUUUCUGAGCUAAACUCACUGGAGAAACUUUCAGCAGAAAAGCUGGUGAAGAUGGCUUUUCCUCAUUUAACAGACACCAAUCUGGUCCUGAGCAGCUCCUGCCGGACACUGCUUAUCCUUGAUGGUUUGGAUGAAUUCCGCUGCAGUUUAAAUUUCUCAGAUGCGGUACCCUGCAAUGACCCAAAGAAAGAAGUGUCCAUUGAUGACUUGGUUACUAACAUCAUCCGAGGGAAUCUUCUCCCUGACGUAGCAGUGUGGGUCACUUCCAGGCCAGGAGUGGCCUCACUCAUCCCUGGAGGAUUGGUUGACAGGGUGACUGAGAUCCCUGGAUUCAGCCCAAAAGACAUCCAGAUCUUCCUAAACCACCACUUCUCCGAGAGGGAUUUUGCCAGUAAAAUAUGGGCACACCUGGAGUCCCAUAAGAUCUUAAUGGUGAUGUGCUACAUUCCAUGUUUUUGCUGGAUUGUGGCUGAUACGCUGAUGUACAUCAUGCAGAGUGGAACACAGGAGACCCUUCCCAGGACUUGUACUGCUCUCUAUGCCCACUUUUGUUCCAUGAAGGCAGAAGUAGGAGAACCAAGAGGCAGGGAGCCUGUAAAAAUGGAGCAGCUCCAUGGGAGCAAUCGUAAACUGCUGGGGAAUCUUGGACGGCUGGCAUUUUACGGGCUCCUCAAAAACAAGUACACCUUCAGUGAGCAGGACCUCAGGGCCUAUGGGAUAGACCUACUGUUGACACAAAGCAGUCUUGGUGCUGGACUUCUUGUUCGGGAGGAGUCAGUCAUAUUCACAACAUACCGGUUCAUUCAUUUGACUCUGCAGGAGUUUCUUGCGGCCACCUUCUACUAUAUCUCUUCCAAGAGGGCCAUCUUUGACUUGUUCUCAGAGAGCAGUAUGUCCUGGCCCAAGAUUGGUUUCCAGAACCACUUCAAAAAUGCCUUUCAGCACUCGCAACAAGCUGAAGAUGGUCACCUGGAUGUGUUUGUGCGCUUCCUGACAGGCCUGCUGUGCCCAAUGGCACUGAAACCUCUCACUGGGCUUUUGGCCAUCGGGAAAGAUGAUGGCAACCAGAAGGCGUGGGCAGCAGGGGUUUUACAAGGCCUCUUGGUCAGCGGGGGGUCUGUGGUGUCCCUGCGUGCAGUCAACAUGGCUUAUUGUUUACAGGAGCUGCAACACACAGAUCUGUUGCGGAGUGUAGAGGAGGAUCUACGGCUUGGCACCCUGGCAGGGAAGUUAACACGGGCUCAGUGUGUUGUCUUGGCCUAUCUGCUGCAUGUUUCUCCAGAGUGCAGUGAAAAGACCAACCUAACAGCCUCUCUGAACUGCACCACAGUAAAAUGUUUGCUCCCACAGUUGCUGUACUGCAGCCAUCUCAGGUUAGAGAAUAAUCAAUUCAAAGAUGAUGUAAUGGAAUUGCUGGGAAGCCUCCUGAGUGCCAAAGACUGUCAUAUCCAGAAAAUGAGUUUAGCAGAGAACGCCAUCAGCAACAAAGGUGCCAAAGCCCUAAGUCGAGCCCUUCUGGUGAACCGGACACUAACUUCUCUCAACCUCCGGAACAACAACAUCGGCUCAAAAGGUACCAAGUUUCUGGCAGAAGCUCUAAAAAUGAACCAAGUGCUGGUAUCAGUCAACUUUCAGAACAAUGCCAUUGAGGAGGAAGGUGCUAAGGCUCUUGCAGAAGUCCUGCUAUGCAACCGCAAAUUGGUGUCUCUGAAUAUAAGGAAGAAUACUGUUGGAGCGGGAGGAGCCAAACGGAUUGCAGAUGCACUGAAGUCAAACCGGACUCUCACAAAACUGAUUCUUUGUAGUAACCAGCUCGGGGACAAAGGAACAGUCGCUCUGGCAGAAGCUUUGACAGUCAACCACACUUUACUCUCACUUCAACUUCAGAGUAACUCAAUCAGCGACAAGGGGAUGACAGCCUUAACCAAAGCACUUAGGCGGAACCAGGGCCUCGUUUCUUUGAAUUUAAGAGAGAACUCAAUUGGGGUGGAGGGAGCAAAGAACAUGGCCCACGCCCUCCAUGAGAACAACUGUCUCCAGGACCUCGAUCUCACAGCCAACCUGUUGCAUGAUGAAGGGGUUCAAGCUAUAGCAGGUGCAAUCAAGGUUAAUCAAGGCCUCACCUCUUUGCAUCUACAGUGGAAUUUCAUCAAGUCCUCUGCCACUAAAGCUCUGGCCCAUGCACUCCGCUCCAAUUCCACAAUGCAGCUCCUGGAUCUGCAGGAGAAUAAUAUUGGGAAUGAUGGUGUCACUUUUCUCGCUGAAGCCCUGAAAACCAACACAUCUCUGCAUACAUUAUGUCUGCAGGGGGUCUCAGCAGGCAAAAGUGGUGCAGUUGCAAUGGCAGGAGCUCUAACGACCAACCAAAGCCUGCAAACAUUAGAUCUACGUGGAAACGCUGUAGGGAUGGAGGGAGCGAAGGCCCUGGCUAACGCCUUGAAAAGCAACAGAAGCCUCAAGUCCUUGAAUCUGCAGGAGAACUCUCUGGGUAUGGAUGGAGCCAUUUUCAUUGCAACAGCGCUGAAAGGAAACCACCAGUUGACAUACAUAAAUUUGCAGGGAAAUGGCGUCGGAGAGUCUGGAGCAAAAGUCAUAUCUGAUGCCAUAAGAACCAACGCUCCAGGCUGCGUGGUGGACAUCUGACCAAGGACAGAGCAGCAGCUUCUGAGGAAGUUAUACCACAGAAAUAACAGUACGCUUUGUUUUCAGACGUACAUGUAUACUAUGUAAUAUAGUUAAACUCUAAAUGUAUUAUGUACCUCAUAUCACUGUGUAACUGUUUAUAUACUUAUACGAUACAAUAUUAUUAGAGAGAUAUGUGCAUAUUUAUUUUGACAGGAAACAAUUACAUUUGUCUUGAAGUAGCAGUUGCCAUAAGGGUAAAUAAGACUAUUGAAGAUACUUAGAGUUGUACCAUAUUUUUAUGUAAAAUACAUUCAUUUUUUAAAUUAGAGCUGUAUCCCUCCUUAUUUGUCUUAAUGAAGAUGUCUGAGAUGUCUAAUAUUCUGUAUAUUUGCUCUAUUUGCACAAAUUAAUCUGUGUGCAUGGAAAUAAAAUGGACAUCGCCAUACGCAUA